UUUACACACUUGAUGACGCUAGAAUUUUUCAAAACUUUGGUACCAUCCAAGUUUUUCAAGAUCGAUCAGAGAGUUGUUCACAAGCAUUUUGGUGAAUAAAUUCAACUGUGGAUAAUGGAUGAAGGAGAUUUACCCAAAGGAACUUCAGUAUUAUCUUGGUGAUUGUCAAAAGGAUUGGAGUCAUCAAGCUCAAUAAAUGGACAGUUCAAUUGAAUCAAUGGAUGCAUGUUCAUAAGUUUCAUGGAUCUUCUAUAAAUGGAUCCUUUUACUCUCUCCAACAAUCAUCAAGCAUCAAGCAAACAUAUUAGCGCUUUUGAUUUUGGGAGUUCCAGCUUUGCCACCAUGUCUAGAGCAGCUCAAGUGAUAUUUUGCCUAGUGCUAAUGGCAACAUGCGCCGCAACCGGGCUAGUGCAUCAGCCACUCCUAGCAUCACCUCCCCUCAUUAACAUUCCAGGCCUAUUGCCGCCAGGGUUCCCCGGCCUACUGCCACCAACAAACCCAAAUGACAUAGCAAAGUGUUGGUCUUCACUUCGGAACAUUCAAGGGUGUGUAUCGGAAAUCUUUACCUCAAUCUUUACUCACAAAAUAGAAGUAAGCCCUGCCUGUUGUAAAGCUUUCCUUGCAAUUGAAGAGAGUUGCUGGCCGAAAAUGUUCCCCUUAACUCCUUUCUUUGCGCCAUUGCUCAAGAACACUUGUGCUCAGAAGGCGGCUCUUGUUUAAGGGAAUGCUGCUGCUUCUAAAGAGAUUGGGCCAAAGCAGUAUGUAGUAGGCAAUUUUUGCAGGAAAUAAGUAUGAUCAUUUUUCAAUUAGUCAUAUAGACUCAUCAUAGUCGGGCAAAGUUCUUUAUGGUUGCUUAGGUGCUGCAAUUCAGGAUUGUACAAGGAAUAAUAAUUGAUGAAUCUCUCUCUCUCUCUCUCUCUCUCUCUCUCUCUCAAAUAAAGUACAUAUUCUGGGUUCAUGCAAUGGCUUCUUCUGCCAGUACUAUGGUCGCGGCUUGUUUAGUGUUGCUAAUCCCUUAGUGAGGAAUUUGGACUUCUUAGGGCACCUUUUAUACAUGAUUUUUGCGGGUUGGGUAUAUAUAGUCCCAUCAGUGUGUCUAGAAGAUAGUUUUGUUUUAA